UCAAAAAUGCACUUGUCUGCGAUUGUAACCUCUACAGUGAGAAUCACCUCCAACGAGAUGGCAUCUGAUUUUCUGAAACGUGUGUACAGUGGGCUGCCCGCUAACACAAAGUUCUACGUCAUCUGCCUCCUCUCGCUACAAGAAUACCUGCAGCAUUUAUUCCCACUGAUCAACCAGCAUUGGACACACAUGAUUUACUCCUACUGGAUUGUACUGGGUAAUGGCAGUAACUUCGCCCGCCUGAUAGUGCAGCAAAAACCCUGCACAUUUUACUUCAUGACGGCCACAGAAGAAGGCUACGUGCUGCUUGGGCCGAGCUAUGCAAGACGCAACAACUGCUCUGGAUUACUGACUAUCGCUCAGGCACCAAACACAGACGGAGUGACAGGCCUGACACACACGUACCCAGCGAAGGAGGAACGUUCCGGUGUUCUCAGGCUAUCGUGCAUACUGUCCGAGUAUGAAAGAAAGAAUCGUGGUACUUGCUACACAUCUGUCAGGCAUGUGCACUUUGUGCUGUGGCUGAUGAUGAUGAACAAAUAUGGCUGA